UAGAAACGGAAGUAGCCAUGACAACUUCCUUGGCAACGACAAGAGGCUUGCUCUUCGUUGUAAUCAUAUGUAGCAUGUUUAGCUGAAAGUAUACAUGAAAAACGCUUUCUGAAUCGCUUACUCACAUUUAUUCGUUAUUUCUAUUUAUUUAUUUUGUCGUUGGACGCACUCGUCGUUCUGACAUUGUAAUGAGAAACGUUGGAGGGCUAAUACGAGCUUAAGUUUGGCAGCCAGGCGGUCAACAUGUCUCCUUGACGAGAUGAGUUGGUGUCUUUCACUUCAGGUAUUUAUCGUGUUGUGUGGAUGUCUGGCAGACGCGGCCACAGAGUCAGGGGUAACUUCAAGCUCUACAAAUGGGGAGCCUUUCAGCUCAGCAACCCCUGCUCCGGGCGGUAGCACCGCGGACUCCGCCGGUGUGGGCACCACAGAGGCGGUCACUCUGGUCUCCACUCCGGCCUCCAUGGAAACCACGAUGCUGACUGUGACCGAAGCUCCCACUGUGGCCACUGACGCGCCCUCAGCAGCCACCGUGCAACCUGUGGGGACUUCAGGGGGUUGUCUCUGUGAUUUGACCCCUGAUUUCUGUGACAUCGGCUGCUGUUGUGACACAGCUGAUUGUGGUGUCGCGAACUUGAGCACUGUCUUCACCGGAUGUCCACAGAAAGCCAUAUCAGGAGUUUGCAUUGAGAAAUGGCUGAUGUUCAGGGCUAACGUGAAUUCAUCUCUUGUCACCGUGACUGACUCUUUGUUUUGCGUCCAGCGUGAAGAUAAUGUACCCCGGUCCCUCCCAGCUCUACCCAAGUAUCCAGCUUUAUCGGACUCGUACCACUUCUCACCACCAGCACCUCCAAGCAGCAGCCACAGCAGAGGUUUCUACAGGGCUGAUGAUGUCAUCCAGACAUAUUUCUCCAACUCGUCUGUGCGUGGUCUCCUUCGUCAGCCAUCUCCAGGAGCUGCUGCUGCGUUCUGUAUCAACCGCAACCCUGCAAAGUUCUUGAGGUCUAUGUCUCUGUCAUGUACCCGCAUGCUAACUCCUCAGUCAUGCACCACGGACCCAAAUCUCAACGCCGGCUCCUACUUCUCCAACAUGACUCUGAUCAAGGUUCCGAUAGUCGAGACGGCACAAGUGACUUCUGACUUUCUGAUCCCAGUUACUCCGCUGUCUGAAUGGUCUGCACCAAGUGAACGAAACAGCUCUUGUAUCAAUGUGGUGGAAAAGGUGGAGUUUGUCAUAGGAUACACAGGCAGAGGGGAAAUCACUUAUGCAACAGUGAACGUGGUCUUAGCUGAUGUGAAUCCAAAUCAGCUGCUGUUGCAGACGCACUCUGUACAGUUUCAGCUGGCAACACCCAACCCCACUCCAGCAGGUCCGAUCCCAGCAGUCGGACUUAAAUUGGGAUCUCCUGUGCUUGGUCGCUUUGAUGAACAAGUGAAGCCUCUGACAACAAUGGCGGUGUCACAGAGUGGGGAGUGUUCGUCUGACCCCAGCAGACGAGCACCCAUCCUCUUCACACACAACACCGUCACUGGCUGCACAUUCAGUUCCCAAUCUAGUGACUGUUCAGAGCUGCGUUCCCAAAUUUACGGGGUCUUGCAGGGACUUGCUACUCCUGAUGUGAUCGCUAUGAACUUUGGCUCCCAACUGGACUGGACUAGAGUCAUUACCCAGGAGUGUCCUGUCAGACUGCAGGAAUCAUGUGUAUCAGGCUGCGUCCUCCCGAAAUCUCUCUCUAUUCGGGUACUGUGGGCUCGCCAGGGUCUCAUAGACCUUCCCCAGAGCUACAUUUUGGGGGCUAAAUACCUUUUCCAGUGUCAAAAUGUCAAGUGUCCUUUGUCCUCUAUGGUUCUAACCACUGAAGUGACAUUUGUCGACACUACAGUUUACCCAAAACCACCCAGGGGCUUGCCUCAGCCUAGCUGGAAGUUUCCAUUUGGUUUCUUCACUAGAGGCACUGCUGAGCUGGACGGGCACAUUGUAAUUAACGGAAGUAACAGUGAGAAGGUCACAUGGAGUUUAAUGCUGUUCACAGUAAUGUUACUAACAGGAUUAGAAUUCUUCACCAGGUAGUCAGAUCGCUAAUAGUGGAGCCAUUAGGGAACCUUUGAAGUUUUAUGGGUUUUUUGCUAAGCUGUAACAAUUUAAAGCACCAGCCAAGUUGAGCAAAACAUCAGAAUGGUAAAACGCUUUAAUUUAUUCUUUUGUACAUUUCCAGGAAUAAACUUUUACAUUUUUACAA